GCUCUAUGUGACUGUGACAGGCGGCUCUGCGCAUUGUGUCCUUUUCCCAUUUCAUUUUAUUUUAUCACUCCACACUCUGUACAGCACGAUAAAUCAUCUGCAGCUUUUCCUCUGUCUGCUCGGACUGGAUUAUCACCGCUGUGCUUCUCUAACAUGGGCAACAGGGACGAUGAAUACGAUUUCUUGUUCAAAGUUGUUCUUAUUGGAGACUCUGGAGUUGGAAAGAGUAACUUGCUGUCACGCUUCACAAGAAAUGAAUUCAACCUAGAAAGCAAGAGCACGAUCGGGGUGGAGUUUGCAACCCGCAGCAUUCAGGUGGACAGCAAGACGAUAAAGGCACAGAUUUGGGACACAGCCGGUCAGGAGCGUUACAGAGCCAUCACCUCAGCUUACUACCGGGGUGCAGUUGGUGCUUUGUUGGUGUACGACAUUGCCAAGCAUCUGACCUACGAGAAUGUGGAGCGCUGGCUGAAGGAGCUGAGGGACCACGCUGACAACAACAUUGUCAUUAUGUUAGUGGGCAACAAGAGUGAUCUGCGCCACCUCAGGGCAGUGCCAACCGAUGAAGCCCGGGCCUUUGCAGAGAAGAAUGAUCUUUCAUUUAUUGAGACCUCAGCGCUGGAUUCAACCAAUGUGGAGGAGGCUUUCAAGAACAUUCUAACAGAGAUUUAUCGGAUCGUAUCACAGAAGCAGAUCGCUGAUCGGUCAGCUCAUGACGAGUCUCCUGGAAACAACGUGGUGGACAUCAGCGUGCCACCCACUACGGAUGGGCAAAAAGGCAACAAACUGCAGUGCUGCCAAAACCUGUAACCAUGACGACCAACCAUCACCCCCCCCCCCACCCCAUCACCGCCCAUCAUCUUUCUUUCUUCCUCUUUUUACGUGUCGUGCCGCCGACUUUCGAUAUUUUUUUUGAUAGCUUUUCAACUUGCAUAUGCACACAUAAGAGACAAACACAAGUACACACACACUACUGACACAAAAUAAACCUUUACAGUACAAA